AUGGACAAGGCGUACUACAAGCGCUUCCAGGUCAAGUACCGUCGCCGUCGCGAGGGCAAGACCGACUACUAUGCCCGCACUCGCCUCGUGCGCCAGGAGAAGAACAAGUACAACACUCCCAAGUACCGCCUGAUUGUGCGCCGCACCACCAGCGAUGUUGUUGCCCAGAUUGCUUACUCGCGCCUCGAGGGUGACUACAUCAUGGCUGCCGCCUACUCGCACGAGCUGCCCCAGUUCGGCUUCAAGGUCGGACUUACCAACUGGUCGGCUUGCUACGCCACCGGCCUGCUGGUCGCUCGCCGCCUGUUGACCAAGCUCAACCUGGCUGACACCUACAAGGGUGUUGAGGAGCCCAACGGCGAGGAUUACUUCGUCGAGGAGGCCGAGGACAAGCCCCGUCCUUUCCGCUGCUACCUCGAUGUCGGUCUUGCCCCCACCACCACCGGCUCUCGUGUUUUCGGUGUGAUGAAGGGUGCCGUUGACGGUGGCCUCGCCAUCCCCCACAACCACAAGCGCUUCCCCGGUUACGAUGCCGAGGCCAAGGAGAUGGAUGCUGAGGUCGUCCGUGACUACAUCUUUGGUGAGCACGUCGCCAACUACAUGCGUGAGCUCCAGGAUGAGGAUGACGAGGCUUUCCGCAAGCAGUUCGCCAAGUACAUCAAGCUCGGCGUUGGUGCUGAUGACAUUGAGGACAUGAUCACCGAGGCUCACGAGAAGAUCCGUGAGAACCCCAUCAUCCCCAAGAAGAGCCAGGAGGGCAAGGAACACAAGUCGUACAAGAAGAUUCCCCUCUCAUACGCUCAGCGCAAGGAUCGCAUCAAGCAGAAGAAGGAGUCCUUCCGCAAGAAGCUGGCUGCUGAGGCCGAUGCCUAA